AUGGGUGAAGGGACCACGGAGUCGCACGAGCUCUUCGAUAGGUCUCACGCGCGCUCCAAGAACAGCCGGCUGGACGGAGAAAGUAACUGCCCACGCUCGGCCGCGGGACUCGGCGGUGGCUGCACACAAAGUAGGUGGCCGAGCGGACCGCUACCAUACAGCGCCUGGAAGGAGGUGUCGAAUGCAAAGAUGGACUCCGAGAACCUGGCGGACUGGGUCGGAACCAUCACUGCGUACGCUGCCUUCGCUGCGUUGUCCCCGUCGGAGAGCAACGUCACACUAGCGGGGCUCGACAUGUCGGCGGAGCGCCUGUUCUACGUCAAUCACUGUGUGACAUGGUGCCAUCAGUACAGCACGUUAACGGGCAACUAUGCACCAUACCGGUCCCGCUGUAUAGUGCCCCUUAUGAACAUGCCCGAGUUCUCGCGUGCCUUUGGCUGCGCCCCCGGUGAACCCAUGAAUCCACGAAAUAAAUGCACCUUUUGGCAUUGA